UCUGCGCAUGCCCAUGGGUGUCAGGUCCCGAAACAAAGUUUCCUCCGGACCAUGGUUCCACCCUGCCGGUCCCCGCGCGCAGCCAGGCCACAUCUGGCCCUACUCAGGGCUUGCUUCUGGCUCAGGGCACAGGACCGUAAGCAGUGCUGGGGAGCAAAUCCUGGUCAGCUGCGUACAAGAGAGAGUGUGGUGGAGGACGCCAAGGCCCGCUUGAGGGAGCAUGACAUGGGGGCCAAGUAUUCUCACUGGGUCCCUAACAAAUACUCCAUCCUGUUGCCACUGUUGGUUAAGGAAGGGAGGCUCCACCUCUUAUUCACCCUCCGGUCAAAGAAGCUGAGACGGUCACCGGGAGAAGUGUGUUUCCCUGGAGGCAAACACGAGCCCGCCGACGUGGACGAUGUGGCCACGGCACUCCGGGAGGCCCAGGAGGAGGUGGGCCUGCAGCCUGAGCGAGUGGACGUCGUGUGCCGCCUGGUGCCUCAUCUGCUGGACAGAGAUGCGAUGAUCAUCCCGGUCGUGGGAUUCAUAGAUCCCAACUUCCAAGCACAGCCCAACCCCGAGGAAGUCCAGGAAGUGUUCCUGGCGCCUCUGGAGUAUUUCCUGCAGCCCGUGGUCUACCACCAGGAGCACUUCCUCAAGCUCGGCGUUCCUGCCAUCAUCCACUGCUUCGAGUACACCAGCCCUGAAAACGGUACCACCUACCGCAUCCGGGGAAUCACCGCAAGAGCCGCCCUGCUCGUUGCUUUGAUUAUUUUGGGCGGGAAACCCACCUUUGAGGUUGAGUUUAAUCUCAACAACCUCAGGUCAUCCUCCGAAGAGCUCUUCCUGAUGUACUACAAACAUGCUAUAAGCAAGUUAUGAUUCUUGAGACCAGCACCCAGGUACUGUCUCGGAAAUAGGGUUUUGUGUCUGCUCAUGCAUAGAACUGCCAUACCAGCUGUUGAAAUUUGACAGGUGUGAAGGGCUGGGAGUAAUGUAGUCUAGCAGGUAGGGCUUUUGCCUUGCACGGGGCCAACACGGGUUUGAUCCCCAGUAUCCCAUAUGGUCCUCGUGACCUCCCCCCAAAAAGGGAAGGAAGGAACGAACGAACGAACCAACGAACGAACGAAUGAACAGAAAUUUGACAGGUGUGAUAUUUCCCUGCUAUUUGAAGGUUGACAGAUCUUGCUUUUAUACCCGCUUCCCCAUCCCCAGUUGACCCCUGUUAUCUGAAAGAGUAAAAGUCUUUCACAAGUGGGGAAGAGGUGUUUAAAGUGUGGCAUAGUGUCACCCACAAUAUGGUUACUAUUUUCCUUACACAUGUAAGAUAAAAAACAAAGUGGCACUAAAUAAAUGAAAAACAAAAUAGGCACUUAAUAAAUAUUUAUUGAAUAUAUGACCGUGCGAUGCACUGACCCUGUUUGUAAGAGUUUGGGGGCCACGACUAGCGGUGUUCAGGGCUUGCUCGUGGCCCUGCAGCCAGGGGUCACUCAGAGGGCCCUACGGGGUGAUGGGGAUUGCAUGCAGGUCAGCUGCAAACAGGCAAGCGCCCUACCCACCGCUCAGCACCCCCGGCCCCAAUAAUAGCAUUUCCUUGACUGUUAAUCCCUGUGACUGACACCCGUGGGCCCUCGGAGCCUGUCAUCCUAGGGGAGUCUGGCUGAAGCACUGACCUUGCAGGCGCACGGCCCCAAGUUCGAUCCCCAGUGCCUCCCACGUGUGCCGCGUGGGAUUCCAGACGCCCUGCCGUGUGUGACCCUCAGCUCUAGGAGUGACUUCUGGACGCACCUCAGCCUGGCGUGUGUCAGCUCCACAGCUACAAGUCCUGGGACUAAAAAGAUGCGUGACAGGUGGCUCUGUGGGCGUGUGUGCAUGCGGGAGGCCCAGGACUCAUCCUCAGGGCUGGGCGUGGCUCCUGGGCAUCGCCAAGUGCAGCCCCCAAGCUAAGCAAAUAAGGAUGAGCACGUCCUUCGGGAGUAGCCCUGCUUCCCUCCAGCGAGGCUCCCAGUGCCGGGUGUGACCAACAGUUCCUGUGGUCGAAUGGAGGGAAGCAGAGGGGGGAAGAAAGAAUAAAGUGAAAAUGAUGUUUCUGAAAAUCCUCUCUUCCGUGGCCAAGGCUGCGUCUCGUGCCGUCCCGUCAGGCACGCAUCUUCCCAGCACCCUCUGCAGCUGCGUGAGGCUCUGGUACGUGGCUCAGAUCCAGCGCCGUUGACCUGGGGGCUGAGAGAUCAGCUACUUCCCGGGAUGCUCCCCAGC